AUGGCGGAUGCUCAGGUCGAGCCCACUCCUCAAAAGCAGCGCAAAUCCGUUGCCUUCAGUGAAGGUGCAGUCAUCAUGGACACAAACGGCGAAAUCACAGAGGCUCCCGCUGCUCAAAUCACCACGGCUGAGAAUGAAGCUGGCACAGCAGACACGGCAGUCGAUGAAGUAACUGAACUCUUCAAGGGUCUCUCGAAAAAGAAGAAGACGAAGAAGCCCAAGGACUCUGAGGCUGGUGAAGGUGACGAGGCCCCUGCCGCCGCCGACGGCGAAUUCGAUCCCACCGCCCUGAAAAAGAAGAAGAAGAAGGUCAAGAAGGUCGACGCGGGUGACUUCGAGGCCAAGCUCGCCGAAGCCGGUAUCUCAGAGAAGGCUGCUGCCGAGGAGAAGGAGGGCGAGUUGCCCGAGGGCGAUCUCGAAGCCGGCACUGGUAUCUGGGCCCACGACGCGACCCAGGCCAUCCCGUACUCGCUCCUCGUCUCCCGAUUCUUCUCCCUCAUCCAGAGCCACCACCCCGACCUGCUGUCCAGCGGCACCAAGUCGUAUAAGAUUCCUCCUCCUCAGUGUCUGCGUGAAGGUAACCGUCGUACCAUCUUCGCAAACAUCGCCGAUAUCUGCAAGCGUAUGAAGCGUUCGGACGACCACGUCAUGCAGUUCUUGUUCGCCGAAUUGGGUACCAGCGGCAGUGUCGACGGUAGCAGGCGUCUGGUCAUCAAGGGUCGUUUCCAGCAGAAGCAGAUUGAGAACGUCUUGAGAAGAUAUAUCGUCGAAUAUGUUACCUGCAAAACCUGCCGCAGCCCCGACACCGAACUCAACAAGGGUGAAAACCGUCUGUACUUCGUUACCUGCAACUCCUGCGGUUCUCGUCGGUCGGUCGCCGCCAUCAAGACCGGUUUCCGUGGACAGGUCGGCCGCAGAAAGAGACAAGGCUAA